AUGGAGAACAUGAUCCACUCAACCCCGUCCCACACGUCCCUUCCGGACUGCUUCGUCUUCCCUGCCGACCAGGUCCUGCCGGCGUCCUCUGCUGUCGUCUCGCUACCCGUCAUCGACAUGUCCCGCAGCCGCGAUGAGGUCCGCCGUGCCAUCCUCAACGCCGGCAAGGAGCUUGGGUUCUUCCAGGUGAUCAACCACGGCAUCUCCGAGCAAGCCAUGCAGGACAUGGCGGCGGUGGGCGAGGAGUUCUUCCGGCUGCCGGCAGCGGAUAAAGUGGAGCUCUGCUCAGAGGAUGUAACCAAGGGGACUCAGCUUUUCUCCGGCACCACCUAUGAGACAGGCGGCGAGAGGUACUGGCGGGACUGCCUCCGCUUUGCCUACGACUUCCCCGUCGGUAAUUGCACCAAGGACUGGCCUGACAAGCCCCACAGGCUCCUGGAGGUUGUUGAGAAUUUCACCUUGCUGACUAGAGGCUUGGCAAUGGAGCUGUUGAGGCUGCUGUGUGAGGGCAUGGGGCUCCCACUUGACUACUUUGAGGGGCACCUCGGCGGUGGCUAUGUGACUCUUGACAUCAACCACUAUCCAGCAUGCCCAAACCCAAGUAUCACACUCGGUUUGCCGCCACACUGUGACAGGGACCUCAUGGCCGUACUCCUCCCGGGUCAGGUCCCUGGUCUUGAGGUUGCCUACAAUGGCGAUUGGAUCAAGGUUCAGCCUGUGUCGCGUGCCUUUGUCGUGAACUUUGGCCAGCAACUUGAGGUUGUGACGAAUGGGACGUUGAAGAGCGUAGAGCACCGUGUGAUGACCAACUCGGCACUAGCACGGACUUCUGUGGCAAUGUUCAUCGCACCUACUGAAGACUGUUUCAUUGGACCUGCGGCGGAGUUCGUUAGUGAGGAAAAUCCACCAUGCUAUCACACCCUAAGGUUCCGUGACUUCAAGCGCAUCUACAAUGUUGUGAAGUUGGGAUCAUCACUCAAUCUUAGGACCAACCUCAGGAAAGUUCAGAAGGAGACAUGA